AUGACUAACCCUACUCUUUUCCCUGUGUUGUUCAACAUCAUUGUGUUUCAGGUGUUGUUCAACAUCAGUGUGUUUCAGGUGUUGUUCAACAUCAUUGUGUUUCAGGUGUUGUUCAACAUCAUUGUGUUUCAGGUGUUGUUCAACAUCAUUGUGUUUCAGGUGUUGUUCAACAUCAUUGUGUUUCAGGUGUUGUUCAGCAUCAUUGUGUUUCAGGUGUUGUUCAACAUCAUUGUGUUUCAGGUGUUGUUCAACAUCAUUGUGUUUCAGGUGUUGUUCAACAUCAUUGUGUUGUGUUUCAGGUGUUGUUCAACAUCAUUGUGUUGUGUUUCAGGUGUUCAUCUCAUCCUGAUAGGUGGAGUGUGUCAGCUGAUUGCCGGCCUCCUGUCGUUCCGUAAAUACGACCACCUGAGUGGCACCGCCUUCAUUGGCUAUGCAGCUCUCUGGGGCAGCUAUGGUGCCACACGCAUCUUCCUGGGUGCAUCCCAACCAAUCACAACUAACCUGACCAUGUCACAUGACCUGAUGAGUAACGCGACCCCGCUCACUGCCCUCACGACCAACCUAUCUCUGUCGGCUGAACUCUGGAACAGCACCUCGCAGAGCCCUGAUUGGCUGUCUCUCCUGCUCAUCCCCCAGUCUGCCAUCGCGGGAUUGGUCCCCUACAUCCUUCUAUCCUUCCUAUUGGCCUUCUGCUCUGCCACGGUAAACGUCAUCAUGCCCUUCGUGUUCGGUGCCAUCACGCUUACCCUGCUGUUUGAGGCUGUGGCGGUGGGCGUGUCCUCGGCCUGGCCACUGGUCGUCUCUGGCAUUCUAGAACUCCUCAUCCUCCUUUUCGCCGUGUACGGCAGCGCCGCCCUGUUGGUGAAAGGUCUGGCGCAGCGCUAUGUCCUCAAGGGGUUCGGCACGCCCCUGUUCAACGUGCUCCUGCUGGGGACCAACAGCCCUGCGGCCAGCGCCCAGAGCCUGGGACAGGAGAAGAAGAAGAACACCAAGUACGCUGAACCCCAGGCGCUCUUCUUCUUCUGUGACACGGUGUCUCCCUUCAUCAUGUUGUUCCACAGCUUUGGAUACGUCACGUCCUUCUCCCUGGGUGCUGUGUGGGUCUCCAUCAUCUCUGCUGCUCAACUCCUCUCUAGCUACUACGCUCACCUGCGGCAAGAUGGCUACCUGGUCACCAAGGCCGGCCUGCAUGCCACCUACUGGCUUACCAAGGCGUGGGAGGAGUUUGUGUUGUCGGCUGUGAUCGUGUCGGAGCCGGAGGGAGAGGUGGCUACUGGGAGACAGGCGAUGGUUGGUGAUUGGUUCUUCGUGGCGGUGGCGCUCCUCCUCCUAGUUGUCAGUCUGAGUAAUGACACCCUGGAGGUUACCCAUAAUGCUCUGUUCCUGCUGCUGUCCAUCUCCACGGUCCCCCAGAUCCCCCUCCAGGGGUACUAUGUGUUCUUCGGGGUGUCCUGUUCCCUGUUCACCUCCGCUUCGCUCUACGGGACAUUUUGCCGCCUGAUCAACUCCAUCGCUGAGAAGAGUCUGAUCCCGGUGGGUCCUCAGCCCAUCUCCUCUGACCGUCUCCACUCCUUCCUGUCCUGCUUUCGCUCCCCGGGGAAACUCCAGGGGGCGCUGCCUUCAUCAUCAUCAGCAUCCUCCCCGACCAAUCAGAUCCCUGACGCUCUGUUCUACCUGACCAACGGCGUGGCCGCUCUCUCGGCGCUCCACGUGGCCUCAUCCAGUCAGAGCGUGUCCUUCCUGCGACUGAGUGUUCCCUGGGUUCUGGUAUCUGGAGCGGUGGUACAGGGGUUCGUCAGCAGGCUGCAGGUCAGAGGAGGACAGAGGUUUGGCUCCGUCAUCCCAUCCUUCUACCUGUCUGUCUGGGCCACCUGGACAUGGUAUCGCUUCGCAGGCCCCUUGCUGCAGAUCUCUCCAGUAGGAUCCUAUGGGUUUACAGCUGGAGCCAUUGCUUUCCUGGUCAUCAAUGCUUUCCUCAUGCUCAUUGGUCAGUCUUUACAUGACAUCACCUAUAUCUCCCUCUUCUCCUGCUGCAACACAGAGGGAGAGAAGAACGGAGUGGGUUUUCCCUAA